CACAUCGAAAGCCAAAUCUUUGAUAACUACAGACCAGUUGACAGAGUUAUCUCCUCUGAAGGGGAGAUACGCAAAGAAUUUGAAGAAAUUGCAAAAAAGGAAAAAAUGAGAAUCGCUGCCGAAGAAGAGGCAACUCAACGACUCAUUCAACAAUUAGUAAAUGACGACAAAAUGUUUGAACAAAACAAACAAAAAUUACUCGAAGACACCGCUAAUGACGAAGAGAUUGCUCGAAGUCUACAACAUUUGGACCGAAGCGCUAGAUCUCUGAGAAAUAGAGAGAUU